AUGGUCUUAGAAAGAUUUGUCAACAACAAAAAAAACAUGACGGGCCAGAUGAAGGCAGAGAGAGCAGCAUUUGCUUUGAGAAAAAGCCCCUUCGUGGUGCUGCUGUUUUACUCCCUUCAGACGGCCACCAAGAUCUAUCUGGUCAUGGAAUAUCUCAUUGGUGGAGAUGUCAAAUCUCUGCUACACCAUUAUGGGUAUUUCGACCAGGAUAUGUCUGUCCAAUACAUUUCAGAGGUUGCACUGGCUCUGGACUACCUCCAACGUCAUGGUAUAAUCCACAGGGACCUAAAGCCAGACAACAUGCUUAUCUGUAACAAAGGUCACGUUAAGCUGGCGAACUUCGGCCUUAAUAAAGUCAAGCUUGACGGAGAACUGUGUAUCUCGGACAUCCUCACUACUCCUUCCUUGGCUACACCAAAACGAGAUUACUUCCGCACCCCGGGUCAAAUGCUCUCCUUAGUCAGCUCUCUUGGAUUUAAUUCACCUGCAGCAGACGGAGAGCCCCCCUGCAGCGCGUCUGCAUCGUCGGGUCCCUUGUCAUGCGGCAGAGUAAGACAGAAGAAGGUCUCUGUUGCUUCUCCCUUGCUGAAGAAAAAAAGAGCAGCCACUCCUCAGUCCAUGGCGACCUCCUACACGCCCCUUAGGACUCCAAAGAGCAUCAAGAGGGGGGCACCACCUGUUGAGGGUGUACCCAUUUUAGAAACUCCUGACUAUUUGGCACCAGAGCUUCUCUUGGGAAAACCACAUGACUGCAUGGUGGAUUGGUGGGCGCUUGGCGUGUGUCUUUUCGAGUUCCUCACAGGUGUGCCACCUUUCAACGAUGACACUCCCCCUGUGGUCUUCCAGAAUAUCCUCAACAGAGAUAUUCCCUGGCCUGAGGAAGAGGAGGAACUGUCUGCAAAUGCAAGAAAUGCCACAGAGAUUCUCCUAACCAUGGACAUGACAGAAAGAGCCGGAACUCAAAGCACACCCGCUGCUGGAGGGCCUGCCUUUCAUACCUCAGCCAGAGGAUGA